AUGGAUGCAGCCGAUGCUGCUGCAGAAGUUGAGUCGCAGUCGCGCACAACCUGGGAGGAGGCAGCAGCCGUCUUCAGGACUUUGCCUGGAGGUGGACAAGGCCUUUCCAUCCUCGGUCACGAUGUCAUGGAGGACUGGGAAGCGCCUUACAUGGACGCUCUGGCUGGGGUGGCGGCAUCGCAGCCUGGGCCAGUGCUGGAGGUUGGUUACGGGCUGGGCCUGUCCGCUGCAGCCAUUGAUCAACGUGGCGUAGAAGGGCAUGUGAUCUUGGAGGCGAACUCGGAGGUCCUCGGUCGUGCCGAGCUGUGGGCAGAGGAAGCCACGUGCCCGACCAUCGUCCUCGGAGGAUUCUGGCAGGAUCUCGUUGGCAGCAUGACGGACGCCACCUUCGCUGGUAUCCUCUUCGAUGCAUAUCCACUUUCGCCCGGAGAGGCUGCUGGAGAUGGGGAGGUUGGGGCUUUCUUCGUCGAGGGCGGAACUGGAUCGAAUGCGUGCGCUCCUUCCAGCUUCAGACCGUCCCCAAGCUACGGGAUGCCGGCUUCACAAAGGUGGAGCACGACCAAGUUGCCUGCACACCUCGACCUGGAUGCACCUAUUUUUGGAAGGAUCGCUUUCUCGUUCCGAUAG